AUGUUUAGUAUCUUACGACCCAAUUUUGGAAAAAAUCACAAAUAUGGUCAUAAUUGGAGUUGCAGGAUAUUGUGUGUCUUAAUUGUGAUUUUAUCAUUAGCAUCGUGUUGUUGUGCCUCCUGGUCUUGGAGUCCGAAGCAAAAGAUAUAUGGCCCAUCCCAUUCAGAUGGUUGGAGUGUGCCGCAGAAAAGGGAUCCCGAGAUUGAAGAAGAGAAAAGAGGAUAUUCGGAUAUUUUGCCGAAGUCAUUGAGUGAUAUUAAGGUGACAAAUCUUUUAUUAGCGUCCGAUAUUGAAGGCAAUAUACAUGCCUUGAAUCGACAGACAGGCGAACUCGUGUGGUCAAUAGUAGGGGAUGGCCCUCUAGUCUCAACAAUUCCAAAUAAUAUCGAAAGGAAAAUAUCUGUUCUCACCACAUCUUCGGAUAUCUCUCCAACUUCCCCUCAAGAUGCAUCAACAGUGGCAAGUCCAGCGGGAUCUCGAACUUUUACCGCUAAAGAAAUGUCUGGCACUUCAAACAAGAUGUCUUCAAAUGCAGAUUCAGAUGCGUCAGGUACAACAUGGAUUAUAGAACCAUAUGGUGAGGGCACAAUAUAUUAUUUCACUCCGGAGGAUGGCCUCCAGAAAUUGCCUGCAUCUAUUAGAAAUCUUGUUCUGAAGUCCCCAUUCUCGCUUGGAGACAACUUUGUAUAUACUGGAGUGCGCAAAUCUUCAAUUGUGAAGGUGAAUGCCAAGACAGGUGAACUUAUGGAUGCAUUUGGUUCUGAUUGUGUGAGUAGUAAUUGCAAUCAAUUUUCCACUGAAUCAAAUACAACCGAUUCUCGGAAAGAUCAAGCUGAUGAGGAGGCAAUACUUCUUGGUAAAACUGUUUAUGAACUUAGUAUUCAUUCGAGAAACGAAACUUCCUGGAACAUUACAUACACAACGUGGGGUCCUAACAAUUUGCAUCAUAAACUUGCUAGUCAAAACAUUGAAUCUCAAGACAGCCUUUAUAUACAGCCAUUUCAUGAUAGUUCGCUUUUAGCGCUCGACUCAACUACAAAUACAGUCAAAUGGAUGGCUAGUCUGCCGUACAUCACUGUUAAUGUGUUUGAUGUGUACUAUGAUCAAGACUCUCCUUUGGACCCUAAGUUUAUGGUUUUGCCACAUCCGUUGAAUAGAGAUGGCUCUAUAGAUGAUUCAGAUAAUUCAAGUGAUGAGGCCGGAAAAAAUAACGAUCAUGAGCACAGUGGUGAUGAAUCAGAUUCAACAUAUAUCGAAAGAACUAAAGAAGGUUCUUGGUUUGCCAUGAGCGAAGAUCAUUAUCCAUCCUUGGUGAGAUCGGCACCUCUUGCUAAGUAUGUUUCCAAUGAACGAUGGAGAGUUCCUUCCAUUCUUUCUAAUAGUGAGCUGCUGGGUAUAGCAAUAGCCGGUGUGCAUGAUAACUCACUCAAGCCUGCGGAAUCUCAGAAUAAUCAGCAUAUAGAGAUAUACGAUCCUCUCAAAUUACCAUCCGUUAUGCCUACGGGCAAGCUACUUUCUCCAAAUAGACAUCCAAGCACAAAAUAUCAGCAUCAGAACGAUGACACUUUUUACAAAAGGCCUAGUUCCAUGCGAUAUUACCAGGAUAGAAUAGCUGCACAGGAGAGAUUGGCAAUUGAUGGACCACCACCACCUGACUUUAUUGCAGGCCUUCCUCCUGGAAAUGGGCAUUUGUCUCUCUGGAAGUUCUUUGUGUACAAAGCAUUUGAGAAUGCGGUUGUGACAUGCAUGUGUGUAGUUGUUGUCUUUGUUUUGGCAAAGUUUGGAGUGUUCCAGUCAGCAAAUAGAAUUCUCACUAAUUUAGGACUUGGAGCGAGAACAGAUCUUGAAACGGCCUUAAAUGCUAAUAUGAUAGAUAAAGGCAAGACGUCAUCUCAUAAGAAAUCGCAGGUCGAUUCUGAAACGAAAGAUGACUCGAAAGCCGAUGUUCAAAGUAACAAAGCCGAAAAAGUUUCGGAAGUGCCAGACCAGAAAUCCAAAAAGCCAUCAACAAUCUCGAAUGAUUUUGAUAAAGAAGGUGUACAGCCGAACCAAAAGAUCAAGAGAAGAAAGAGGGGUGCAAGAGGAGGAAAGAAAAAUAAGAAAAAUGCCAAUGCUUCAACUGUUGUUACAAGUUCUGUAAAUGCAGAUGAUCGUGCAGGUAUAACAAUGCCCGUUAUUAAAGACAGGAUUGAAGAAUCUGAGAGUAAUCCGAAAUUAACACAGCUCACGCCAAGUUUAACUGUCACCAAUGAGGUUUUAGGUUAUGGAUCGCACGGUACUGUUGUUUUCAAAGGAUCGUUUGAAGACCGGCCUGUUGCAGUUAAGCGGAUGUUGAUUGAUUUCUACAAGAUUGCAUCGCAUGAAAUCAAGCUCUUACAAGAGAGUGAUGACCACUCCAACGUUAUAAGGUAUUAUUGCUCACAGCAGUCAGACCGAUUUUUGUAUAUUGCCUUGGAGUUGUGUACUGCUUCUUUGGAAGAUGUCAUCGAAAAGAAAACAGAUGAGUGUUCUGCAAUACUAGAUGAUAUGGAUCCUGUGAGAGUUCUAUGGCAAAUUGCUAAUGGGUUGAAUCAUCUCCAUUCCCUUAAAAUUGUUCACAGAGACAUAAAGCCCCAGAAUAUAUUGGUUACCGAACCACAGCUGACAAGUAAGGAUGUACAGCAUUGCAAUGCAAGAUUCUUAAUUUCCGAUUUUGGACUCUGCAAAAAACUUGAAGGUGACCAAUCCUCAUUUAGGGCGACAACUGCUCAGGGAUCGGGAACUUUUGGAUGGAGAGCACCAGAAUUAUUAUUGGAAGAUCUUGAUAAAGGAUCCCUCGGUAAAAAGUUGUUGUCCCAUGACCACCGAUUGACAAGAGCCGUUGACAUUUUCUCAACUGGUUGUGUGUUUUACCAUUAUCUCACUAAAGGUGGACAUCCGUUUGGAGACAAAUUUACCCGAGAAGGUAAUAUCAUACGAGGUGCUUUUGAUCUUUCUCUUCUGGACGAUACAGUUUUCGAGUAUGAGGCCAAAGAUUUAAUUAGUCAAAUGAUUGAUAGGGAUCCUACAAAACGGCCAGAUACGGCAGAAAUUAUGCAGCACCCAUUUUUUUGGACUGUGGACAAGAAGUUGAACUUUCUUCUUAAAGUUUCGGACAGAUUUGAAGUGGAGAGGCGCGAUCCACCUUCUGAUUUAUUAAAGAAGUUGGAAUCAGUUUCUACGGAGGUAAUUGGCGAAAAAGGCUGGUUCCGUAUGUUUGAUGAUGAGUUCAUGAACAAUCUCGGCAAGUAUAGAAAAUACAGUAGUGACAGGUUACUGGAUUUACUCAGAGCUAUGAGGAACAAGCACCAUCAUUUCAGAGAUAUGCCUGAAAGCCUUGCCUUGAAGAUGGGGCCUCUUCCGGAUGGCUUCUAUUUCUACUUUGCUAAAAAAUUUCCGAGGUUGUUAAUGAUGACGUACCAUGUGAUAAAGACGAAUUUAAGUGACGAUGAGAUGCUGCGUGAAUUUUUCUAG